AUGCUGGGCUCAGGCAUUUAUUUAGGACAGGCCCAUGGGGCCUGAAGGGGCUUUGUACAGCAAUCGGUACACUUAAGAGUUCAACGGCAGGUUUCGAGGAUGCCGCCUAAAGGAAAAAGCGGUUCUGGGAAAGGGGGAAAAGGGGGAGCCGCCUCUGGGAGUGACAGCUCUGACAAGAAAUCUCAGGGUCCCAAAGGUGGUGGCAAUUCAGUAAAGGUCAGACACAUUCUGUGUGAAAAACAUGGAAAAAUCAUGGAAGCCAUGGAAAAGUUAAAGUCUGGAAUGAGAUUCAAUGAAGUGGCCACACAAUAUAGUGAAGACAAAGCCAGGCAAGGGGGCGACUUGGGUUGGAUGACCAGAGGGUCCAUGGUGGGACCAUUUCAGGAAGCAGCCUUUGCCUUGCCUGUCAGCGGGCUGGACAAGCCCGUGUUUACAGACCCUCCAGUGAAGACGAAGUUCGGAUAUCAUAUUAUUAUGGUUGAAGGGAGAAAAUAAAAUACUUUGAAAGACUGACUA